AUGUUAUUUUUCAGGGCAUUUUGUAGCUUGUGGUUCAUUUUCUGCAGUGUAUAGUCGGUGCAGACGCUUUGACAGCCGUGUGACUGUGAAUAUUAACUUGUAGUUUCUUUUAGCAGUUUAUUCUGCGCGCGACAUGACAGCAGUUUAGUCAACACGCGACUGUCUGCUUCAAUUACCCAGCAUGCCUCGCUUGUUGCCGUCUGGCGAAGGAGUGACUGUGUAGAAUAGAGACAGCUACAUUUGACAUUCAUGAAGUUGUCGUUACUAUGCGUGCGUACUGUAUGAAAUAAGACAUAAGAGGGAAAGUAAAUAACAGGGGAAGGUGAAAUCUGUUGUUGUCAACACACCAGCAAUGCCUCUCUUCGCGACCAACCCAUUUGACCAAGAUGUUGAGAAAGCGACCAGUGAGAUGAACACAGCAGAGGACUGGGGCCUCAUUCUGGACAUAUGUGAUAAGAUAGGGCAGUCACGCACCGGGCCUAAAGAAUGUCUCCGGUCUAUAAUGAGAAGAGUGAACCAUAAGGAUCCUCAUGUGGCCAUGCAGGCAUUGACUCUACUUGGUGCGUGUGUCUCAAACUGUGGGAAGAUAUUCCACUUGGAGGUGUGCUCCAGAGAGUUUGCCAGUGAAGUCAGUAAUGUCUUAAACAAGGGCCACCCCAAAGUGUGUGAGAAGCUGAAAGCCCUGAUGGUGGAGUGGGCAGAGGACUUCCGCAACGAUCCCCAACUCAGUCUGAUCUCAGCCAUGAUCAAGAAUCUGCGUGAGCAGGGUGUCACUUUCCCAGCCGUAGGGUCACAGGCUGCAGAGCAAGCAAAAGCAAGCCCUGCUUUAGUGGCAAAGGAUCCCUCCACCUCAACAAACAAAAAAGAAGAAGAAGACUUGGCCAAAGCUAUUGAGCUGUCACUGAAGGAGCAGCGUCAGCAGCCACAGACCUCCCUGUCGAGCCUUUACCCAAACACCUCCAGCCUGCUCUCCUCACACAAGUCCGACGGCAGGAAAGUCCGCGCCAUCUACGACUUUGAGGCCGCUGAGGACAACGAGCUCACCUUCAAGUCGGGAGAAAUCAUCACUAUCCUGGAUGAUAGUGACCCCAACUGGUGGAAGGGGGAAACAUACCAGGGAGUCGGGUUGUUCCCCUCUAACUUCGUCACAGCUGACCUCACCGCAGAGCCUGAGAUGAUGAAGACAGAGAAGAAGACAGUACAGUUCAGCGAGGACAUCCAGGUGGAGACCAUAGAGCCCGAACAAGAGCCUGUAUAUAUAGACGAGGACAAAAUGGACCAGCUACUGCAGAUGAUCCAGAGUGCAGAUCCCACAGACAACCAGUCAGACAGCGUUGAGUUACUACAGUUGGAAGGUGCCUGCAAUCAAAUGGGACCUCUCAUUGACCAGAAGUUGGAGGAUAUAGACAGGAAGCACUCGGAGCUGUCAGAGCUGAACGUGAAGGUGAUGGAAGCUCUGUCUUUGUACGCCAAGCUAAUGAACGAAGAUCCAGUCUAUGCCAUGUAUGCCAAGCUGCAGAGUCAACAGUACUACAUGCAGCAGCCUGCCAGCGCAGCACAACAGGUCUACCCUGGUCAGCCUGCAUCAGGUUCGUAUGCCAUGAGCGGUACGGCAGUGCAGGGUUACACUGUUCCCAUGGAGCAGCUCCCCGCUGGAACCCCCAUACCUGGUCAGCCAGCUCCUAGUGACGUUCAUAUGUACAUGGUCCAGCCGCCAGUCUACACUGCAGCUCCAGGCAGCAUGGCCCCAGCAGACUUACAGUCCUACCAGAACCCAGCCAGCGCCCCAGGCACGACUCCCGCAAGCAUGACGCAGACGCCAAACUACAGCAGCAACCCCUCUGGCCAGAGCAUAGCACCUUCCUCAGACCCCUCACAGGCCCCCUACUCAGAGAAAGCCUUGUUAUAGGGCCCCCUGAGCUCACAGUUAUCCUCACGCAUACACGUGCACCAGACCUGAUCAAACAGCGGUUGAAGAUAAUUUCUUUUAUUACGUUUUAUAAUUUGUUUCACCAUGGAACACCACAUGGAGGAAACAGUUCAAAUAGAGUAGACUAAACACGGCAUCCGGCACGCUUUGUGUCGUUUUAUUUGGCAGAUAAAUAUACAGUUACACUUCUCACUCCAGGUUUAGAAGUGAUCACGAGGGUUUGACUUGAGGAGCUCACACCGAGACACACAUGGUCUAAAAACAGACACGCUUUGUUCUUUUUGGAUUGUAUUUAAUUAAUGAUUCCUCUGCAUCUACACACCUCUGCUCUGUUUCUUCACGACUCAGAUGUGAAGACACGGAGCUUCCAGUUGCACUUUUACUUUCAGUUGCACUUAUUUAAGUUUCGUUCAAGCCUGAUCACUUCCAAAUCUAGAUCUGAUAGCAAUAUCUGCAUCGUCCAUUUUGAUGUACAAGACCUGACAUCUAUUGCUUCCUUUUGACUAUUGACAAAAUGUGGUAAUGCUUUAUUUUAUGGGUCUGAACUACACAAUUAGGUUAUCAUGGGGAAAAUGAGACAAAGUUAUUGCAUUUAAGCUUCAGUUUAAUUUCAAAGCAAUUAAUGAGGAAUUUCCGUAAAAGAAUGGCAAAAGUAAAUAUUCUUUCCUUAGUCAUUUAACUUAGAGAACGUUAUCCUUCACACUGUAUAUAUUUUUGGAUAUUCAGGUGACCUACUAUGGACUGGCUUAAGAUGUUUUAGGUUAUGCUAGCAGUUCAUUACAGUGGAACCCGCUUACACUAAUCAACCAGAAUCAUUCCCAUACAAAUGAUGUUUAAAUAUUUUGCUGAUAGUAAUCAAGUCGUCACUUAUGUCUUUUUGUACAUGGCAGUAUACGGAUAAAAAAAAUCUAUGGUACGGUAAUUCUUGUUUUGUUUAUUUAACUUAACUCCCCUGAUACUUUGCCUGGCAGUAACCUGUCUGCUUCCAGCUGGCUACCUGAGGCUGGCAAUGUGCGCACAUUACAAUCAUGACAGUGAAAAGAAGGUCAUUUUCUCUAACGAAAAACGUAGACUAAGAGGGAGACGACUGGUUGCUCUGUUUAUACAAAUGUGGAUCAAAAUCUUGUGUCAAACAACAGAAUCGACAGAAAGUCAAUCCAGGCAUUCCGAAAAAAUCUAGAAAAACGAGGAAGGAAUAUUUAAAAACUUUUAUUGUAGAGGCUACAUCAUUACAAGAGCCAACAUGUUUCUACCACUGUAGGUCUUGGUCAGGGCUUUCAAAACGAAAAAUGUAGUCUCCUCAAAAUGUAUCACAAACUGCCAAAAACGAGCCAGUGAGAUGCAGCAGUGGUGUUCCUCAGGCUACUUUGUGUAGUCUACUAAAGCAACAGGAAACACUCAUGGCUGCUGGUAGUGGAGACAGGAAACUAAUGCGCACGGGGAAAGCACCUGUGGUUAAAGCUGAACUCGUAAAGUGGACUGAUAAUGCCCCUACGUGAUGCCCCCUAUUAUUUUAUAUUCAUGUAAUUGAUAUACAAAUGUUAGUUAGAUGGCAAUCUGCAUGAGGGAUAAAGCAAAAUACUCAGUUAUAUUAAUAAUCUCUUGAUAGUUAUCACUUUGACCCUGACAGACGUGAUCACUGUAAGAGGGUUCCACCUUAACUAGAAGUGAAGUCAGCUGUUUAUGUGCAGUAUUUUCUUAAUAAUAAGCAUCAAAUUCCCCACUUCUUUACUAAAAACUUCCAGGAAAUUACAAAAUUAAGAAGUUACGGACCUGUAAAAUAAAGCGUCAACAAAAUUGCUUUGAGAAAACAAGUGUAACUGUGAGCCACUUCACCUUAACCACAAAAUAUAUAUGCAAUUACUAUUUGAUCAAGUGUGAAAUACACACAGGCAUUCCUUUUCAGCACCCCUCAACAUGCACACUGGAGCUACACACAGGACAUCCAAACACACUACAGACAGGUGUACAUACAGCCGCACACACACCAACACAGUUGCACCAGUUGGUUGAUACCUUACCGUCACUCAUACACUAAUAUGCCACAGCCUUCUCACCCACUUUAAGCAACUGCAGUGCUAAUCAUGUCACAGAAAAAGAGGUGUCAACUCAUAUUGACAUUUGUUUUUUUAAACAGGAAAAAGGACUUUUAGUGAUGUUAAAACCAUUAGGUUAAUACAUUCUGUAUAUGUUGUCAACUUUUAGAAGUACUGAAAACUGAAGCCACUUUUUGUUUUUGAGGGGAAAAAGAGGAAUUUAAGCAUGCACAUGACUCUUGUAUAUACUGUACUGAACUCGUAGUGAAGCCACAUGACAACCUCAUGGGUGGGCUGUAUGUUAGCACAGCUCCGGGUGUUUCCCUCAGCCUUAAAGGUGAACUCUGCAGUCAUGACGUCCCUGCUGAACUGAAGGUGUAAAAGCCAAAGAGAACAAAGUGGGGGGACAAACCCCGCCAGAAAACCCGGUAUUUUUCUUUUCUUUUUAUUCUUUCCGUCACGUGAUUGACUCUCAACUUCAUACUGCAGAGUUUUCCUUUUCAGAACGAGCAGCUCUAGAUCCUUGUCGGCGGAUAUAAGGUUUGCUCUGUGUCCAUUCAGGGGCUGUACUAACAGACUUAAGGGGCGAACUCUGAACAGCCCCAGUGUCUUCAAAGCAUCUCUUUAGUCAGUGUUGAAAAAAAUGAAUUUUGUAGUGCGUUUUAAUUUAUGUUUUGAUUAUUGUUAUUGCUAUUUUAAAUGGAGAAGCAGUGCAGGAUGUAUGUAUUCAGAGAAAAGCGGAGUAUGUGAUAUUCUGCCUAACUUAGUUGUAUAUUUAAAUCGCUCACACGAGAACAUGGACAUUUCUCUCAGUGUUUGAUACAUGCUUAUUGUACUGUAGGGUCAAAUGGUAAUGUGAAAAACUGAUCGAACCUCCCCACGCAUUUUGAAUCUGUCCUUUCUCAGAGAUGUGUAACACUAAAACAAAUUCUACCUGACGCAGGACUGACAUGAGGUUUGAUGAGUUGGGAAGGUUCAGUCAGGGUUUGUAAACACUUCUUCUCAAGUUCUUCCUAAGCUAUCCGUUACAGCGACACUUACCGAUCAAAUAUUGUACCAAGUUCUCAAACCAUACACACUCUUCUACGGCUUCUACGUCUUCAGAAUCUUUGGGAAAGAGUUGAUGUUUACAAACACUGACUGGAUUGCAAAGAAGCUGAUGAAACAGGACGAGUAUUUAUCUGUUGUUUAAUGUUGAAUGAUGCUAAAUGAAGGAAUUAUGAAGCAGUUAUAUAAAUAGGAUGAACUAGAUUUUCCAGUCGCAGGACAAAUUGGUGUUUGUGUCACCACAAUUUCUCUUGAGAUUCUAUGUUUCAGUCAUGCUCCUUCUUGCCACCCCUGUGCCACCGUACGGAUGUAAAGCAACUCAGCAACCUAAACUUUGGGACUUUGCAAACAGGAGGCCGUUUCAUUCUCCAGAACUUGAUUUUAAGCAUUGAUAUAGUUGAUUUGAAAAAGACACGGAAGCUUUUUUUGUUUUUGCUGCCUUCAACUAAAUGCAAGCGUGGAAAUAGUGUUAAUCUGUUGGAUCAAAGAGGGCUGAAAAUAUCAAAUAUAUAAAAAGUAGCAGCUAUUCUGGGACCACGGGACCAGGAGCCAGUUAAUCAUCACACAUCAUCCGAAAUGUAACAUCUUGUUGCACCACAGUGGUGGACCGCAGCCCCCGAUGUGACUUUAUUGCACAGGAUUGAGAUGCUGCCUGUUUUUAAGUUUUAAAACAUCGAUUAUUGUAAAGGUUCUGUCUAAACUUGUAUCCUGCUGUUUGUAUGUAUUCUUUUAACCAUACUUAUUAAUUGGUAUUCACAAUAAAACCAGGCCAAAUGUACAGAGUAAUACAAA